UUAAAUGCAACGUUAGCUAGCUGAUGGUGAAUUCAUGCAAUUAACUAUAGCUAUGAUUAUGUAUUUCUAUUAUCAACAAAGUAAAUGUUUUUAGAAAACAACAUUUUCAGUUCCUAGCUGGUAAUUGUCACUUUUUUAUUGCUGCAUGUACCUAGCUACUAUUCAACAUAUUUUCUCCAUUCUGCUGCAUUCAGCUGGCCCCUCCACUGCCUGUCACCAUGCCUGCUCUGCUGGACAGACCGAAGCUGUCCAACGCUAUGGCCAGAGCCCUCCACAAACACAUAAUGAGAGAAAGGGAGCGUAAAAGGCAAGAGGAGGAAGAGGUGGACAAGAUGAUGGAGCAGAAGAUGAAAGAGGAAGAAGAGCGAAAGAGAACAAAAGAGAUAGAGGAGAGGAUGUCCUUGGAGGAGACCAAAGAACAGGUGAUGAAGAUGGGGGAGAAGCUGCAGGGACUACAGGAGGAGAAGCAUCAGCUCUUCCUCCAGCUGAAGAAGGUCCUGCACGAGGAGGAGAAGAGACGCAGGAAGGAGCAGAGUGACAUCACAACACUGACGUCAGCCAGCUAUCAGCCCAGUCUAACCAUGCACACAGGACAGCAUCUCCUUAACAUUGAAUGCAGUCCAGUCAGUCACAACAGGGCCGGGAGUCUGAUGUCGGAGCGCAGUAAGCAGUUGUUUCCAACACCGGUCAACCCGAGUGACCGUUUCACUCUCCUCGCUCCACAGGGCCGUCACUACCAGAACCAGGCUGGGUUCAGUGCGGGCCCGGCUGAACACGGACAGUUUGGGGGUAGUCAGUCGGUCCACGAGAGCUACGGCGUGGCCCAGACACAACACCCCUCCACCUACGCCCCCGGCCCCUCUGUACCCGUCAGCUUCGCCAGCAGCUCCCAGAUCAGAGGUGUGUCUGCAUUCCAGGCAAUGCAGUACCUCCCUCAUCAGCAGCCAGGCUAUGCUGUUCACAGUCACUUCACGUCCCAGCCUGGAUUCAUCCCUGGUGCUGGAAUACCCCUUCAGAAGCAGUUGGAACAUGCCAACCAACAGUCUGGCUUCACUGAUGCGGGUGCUCUGAGACCCAUGCACCCCCAAGCCCUCCAUACGUCCGCUGCUGGCCUGCUCCCCACUCCCUCCAUGGCUGUCCAGAUCCCCACUCCCAAGAGCUCUCCCCAAGCGGCUCCCCGCCACGCUUUCCUCCCCCUCACCCAGAGUGGACAGAGAAUCUAUCACCACAGCAAGUAACCAUGGUUACCUCCCCAAACUACCUUUACCAGGAGUUCUUAUCGUUGAGAUUUCAUAGGCUUCUAGAAGAUUGGAAUGAUGGGACAAUAAACUUGGAUUUUGAUGGUUGAUUGUAAAGCCCAAACCUACAGGCUUGACUUUGUAGUAAUAUUUCUUGUAUAGUUUAUUUUAUUAGUGCUGUAUUACUUUAGUUUUAGAGGCCUAGGUGUUCUAGGAAACCAUUUUCUCCACUGUGAAACUGUAUAGUGUUAUACUUUGUCAAUUUUAUUGUGUGUUUGGAUGUAUUACCUCAACUAUUAUGUCCGCAAAAUAAAUAAAUAAAGCACACACCAUUUC